AACAUAAAUUUGGUGUGUGUAGAACUUUGUAACAGUUUAACAAGCAAAUAAAAGCUGCUGACAGCAGUCGAACGAAAGACAGUGUAAAUUCAGAGGCGAUGGCAAGGCAAGCUGCUGGGCUGCUGCUCCUGACGCUCUCACUGCUCCUUGGAGCAAGUGAAGCGCGCAUCUACGAGCGUUGCGAGCUGAAAGCGCUGCUGCAACAGCAAUAUGGCUUGCCAGCCAAGCAGGCAGCUAUUCUAGUCUGCAUAGCCGAGCAUUCAAGUGGCUUGAAUAGUGCUAUGUUUGGCGGUGGCACUGGCGUUGGUGGUGGCUCCCAUGGCUUGUUUCAGAUAAGCGACGUCUAUUGGUGUGCGGCGGAUCAACAACAGGCUGCUGUCGUGACUGGUGGCAAUGCUUGUGGCGUGCGCUGCUCCAGACUACGCGAUGAUCAUCUGGGCGAUGAUGUGGCCUGCGUGCGACGCAUUUAUGCUGAGCAUCAGCGCAUCUCGGGCGAUGGCUUCAAUGCCUGGCAGGCUUAUCAGGCAUAUUGCCGACAGGAUGCAGCGCAAUAUGUGGCACAGUGUGGUGGUGGUGGUAAUGUUGGUGCUGCUCUUGUCAGCAACACAGCGCUGCAGGUGGCUGCCAGCUAUCAGCCCUCUGCGGUUAUAGUCACGCCACAGGCGCCAGCAGCUCCUGCUAAGAUCUAUACGCGUUGUGAGCUGGCGCAGGAGCUGUACUAUCAGCACAAGCUGCCCAUGUCGCAGAUUCCCACAUGGGUGUGCAUUGCGCAGCACGAGUCGAGCUUCAAUACAGCCGCUGUGGGCAGACUCAAUGCCGAUGGCAGCGCUGAUCACGGCUUGUUCCAAAUCAGCGAUCUCUACUGGUGUGGCGCUGCUGGCGGCAAGGGUUGUCAUGCCAGCUGCAAUGCGUUCCUCGAUCCCAGCAUUGCCGACGAUGUGCAAUGCAUUCGACGCAUACACAAGGAGCACACACAAAUCUCGGGCGAUGGCUUCAAUGCUUGGACUGUUUAUCAGCGCAAUUGUCGUCAUCAGCGCUAUGAGCAGAUAGCCGCUUGCUUCAGCAAGCCACCCACUAUACAAGCGCAGCCACAUCCCAAUGCCAUUGCUGUGCUGCCCCAAAAGUCAAGGAACCCUUACUAUCAUCAAAUCAGCAAGUCGCAGAAUCAGCAAGUCAACAGCUUUCAGAGUAAUCCAUUUUUGCGACAAAGCGUGCAUAUAAAUCCACUGCUAAGCUAUACGCAGACUUAUGUACACCAACAGCAACAGCAAUACGUACACCACCACCAACAGCCACAACAGCAAUAUGUACACCAACAGCAAUAUCAUUAUAGCUCCUCGCGCGCUGAUACCUACCUGGGUGUGCAUCGCCCAGCAUGAGUCCAGCUUCAAUACUGCCGCAGUGGGUCGCCUCAAUGCCGAUGGCAGCGCCGAUCAUGGUUUGUUUCAGAUAAGCGAUCUCUU